AUGCCUCCAUUGCCGGGUGAAGAGCGUGUGCUGACGGUCUUUGCCGACAUCCAUUAUUACUUCACACCGCCGACACCCAAGCCUCUCCAUCAUAGGUUCGAUAAAGGCUCCUAUCUAUACCUCUAUUACAAUAGGGCCCAGCACAAGACGAGGAUUGAAGUAGCAAAUAAUCCGGGUACUCCAGAUCAAGAUGCAUUCAAUGGCGCUCUAAGUCAGGCCUACCUCCGUCAUUCCACCAAUUUUCCGACGCUAUGUACAUUGACGGUAGAUGGUAAUCCACUAUCACAGGACGCGCAGGCAUUUUCUCCACCAUCGAAUGGCAGUUCUAUUGAGUGGCUAUUGCCGAGUGGUGACCUACGCGACGAGAACAGAGAAUUGCGUCUGCACACGCUAGACAUCUAUUUCUGGACUUCGGAUGACGCAGAUAAAUUCCUUGACCUAGUGGAAAAUUACUUGUCCCCCUCGCAGAUCGAGACAGACAGACAUCCAUUUCCGCCUCCACCCCAGGCUUCAGUUAGUACAGUCGUACAGCAGCUGGAAAACGUGGCCAUCACAGAUCCCGCGUAUCAGAAUGGACAGACUCGUAACUCUCAGGCAGAAGCUAUGCCCAGCUCUCCACCCUUUGCCCAGACUUUCUCAAUACCAAGCAGUCUUCCCCCGCCACCUCCACUUGGUAGCACACCCACAUCGGCUCAGCAGAUGGCCAGUGAUCUUCAGCCUUCUGCGGACGAACGAAAAGACCCUGUUCAAUUUACGCCACUACCAUAUAACCCUGCAGCACCAGCCGCACCUGAACCGAUCCAGCAUCGGGAGAAGACCCCGCCUCCAAUUGAUGGCGCGGAUGGAACCGGACUUGCGGCGGCGGCGGUAGACAACGGAGCUCCGUACACACCACCUUCCCAGAUCACCGGCGGAGGAGGCUUUGCACCGCCCCCAACUAGUCAGGGGCUACUAUACACCGUACCUGGAAGUUACGCAUCACCACCGCCAAGUGCCGGUCUAACCCAUUCCGGGUCAUUCUCGUCUCGGUCAUCUAUCCAGAGCCCGCCUGGCGUACCGUCCUAUACGCCAUCAUUCCUUGCCGGAGGUGGGGGAUACCAACCCAGCCCUAACCCACCGGUGACGAUGUCGUUUGCUCCGCCCCCCAAGGACCCCAAUGCUCAUCUCUACAGUCAACCCCAGAACAUCUACGGCAGCCAGGUCCAACCCCAGCCGGCCUCUCCACCACCGCCACCAAUUGGUGGCUAUUCGAACUAUUCGUAUGACAAGACCGCUGUGCAGCAAGGAUCAGCAACUGAUUACGACAUCCACAGGCAACUGUAUCGGCCCACCGAAGCAGAAGUCAAUUCGCAUUCCCAGAAAAUAGCUCAGAAGUCUAUACAAGAUACCAGCAGGCCCCGAAACUUGGAGCAAAGAGCCCACCGGAUGGAGAGUAGCGUAAACAGGUUCUUAAAGAAGCUGGAAAAAAAGAUUUGA